AUGGUGACGAGGGUCCCGCUUCUGUCUCCACGGCGACAGGGAAGGCAGGAGGGGGGGGGGGCAGCAGCGGUUGACAGCGGCCUAACAAAAGAAGAGGCCAAAAUAAACAGGCGAAUGGGAGGAAAAGAUGGAGAGAGGUUUGAUUUUAAUCUGCAGCCAGAGAAAGAGAGAAUGACGAACUGUGGAGAAGCGCACUGGGGGACGGACACUCACCCUGCCUUCCCUCCCCGCUCCAGGAAGCCCUAUCCCCGGGUUCUUCAGUCACAGCAGCCGAGGGAAGCACCCGCACACCGGCUGCAAGUGGCGUGGAAGUCCUUCAGCUAA